AAUCAGGAAGAAAAACAUUAACUGAGGGCAAUAGUGUCCAUUUCAUCGAGCUAACAUCAUGUAAGUAGGCUUUGAGCUGCGUUUGGUUUAAACGCUUUCCAAAACGGUUCAGUGUCACAGUUGUUCAGAUGAAGUAACUUUUAAAAGGCAAGAUCCGCAGCUGCUGGAAGCUUUCCUGAUUGUUGUUUGACGUGUGUCGUCUACAGCUAGUGUAAUAUAAGACAGACAGGGCUAAUCGAGCUAACUGUAACGCCUUUCCUUUACAUCUUUUAUGAAUUAGACCAUGUUUUUCCGAACGGUGUUGACGUUUGUACAGCAGCUUUGCCUGUGACUGAGUGUAACGUUAGAGUGAACAGGAGUGAAGAUCUCAAUGCCAUCAAUGUCAAUGUAUUUUAGGUCAUUGCUCUGAUGUUGGUAUGUUUGCACGAACUACAUUUUCCGAAGGAUAAGGUCUGCCCUUAGGCAGAUUGUUGACCUGUUGAUCCCAUCUUCCACUGGGAGAGGCUAACAGUGAAGCAGUAUGUCCCGCAGGAAUGAGUCUUGCCUGUUUGAGAAUGGAUCACGCAAGAACCAGCUGAGGGAAGCUUAUUCCAACAACCUGUGGGAUGGCGCACGGAAAACUCUGGCAACCCUUUGGGACGGACAUGGAGCUAUAUGGCACGGUUAUGAAAUCCAUGGUUUAGAGAAGGUUCCAGAUGAAGGACCUGCCCUAAUCGUCUACUACCAUGGGGCGAUUCCUAUAGACUACUAUUAUUUCUUGGCAAACGUUAUCCUUCAGAAAGGAAGAACUUGUCAUUCAGUGGCUGAUCAUUUUCUGUUCAAGGUUCCAGGGUUUAAGCUUAUUUUAGAAGUGUUUAGCGUUAUCCACGGACCGCAGGAGGAAUGUGUAAAAGCCCUGCAGAACGGCCACCUCCUGGGCAUCUCUCCUGGAGGGGUCCGGGAAGCCCUGUUCAGUGAUGAGACUUACCCUCUGCUGUGGGGCAAACGUAAAGGAUUUGCACAAGUGGCCAUCGACUCUAAAGUGCCAAUAAUACCGAUGUUUACUCAAAAUGUCAGGGAGGGGUUUCGCUCUCUCGGAACACUAAAAUUUUACAGAUGGGUGUAUGAGAGGUUUCGUCUGCCGAUAGCACCGGUGUACGGAGGCUUUCCGGUCAAAUUUCGCACCUUUCUGGGUGACCCCAUUCCGUAUGACCCCAAACUCAACGCAGCCGAGUUAGCUGAAAAGGUGCAGCAAGCAGUUCAAGCACUUAUCGACAAACACCAGAAGAUACCUGGAAACAUCCUCAGAGCUCUUCUGGAGCGAUUUCAAAGGGAACACAAAGAUUAGCACACUUGCCUUCUCGCAGACUGGAAAAAUCUACUUAUUGAGUCCUGGAUAUUAUUUAUGAUAUUGUUACGUCAUAUGUUACUGACACUCUAGUGGACAUAUCUGGGUCAUGAAAACAUAUUAGUAUCAGCAUAUUAGCAAUGUUGGAUAUCGAAAUAAUGGUGCGUGUUUUUGUAACAUCUGCUACGUGUAGUCUUGCGCAUGUUGGAGAAUGUGUGGUUUUGAGUUUUUGUGUGAUUUCGUUUGAAUCAAGGAUUUAUUUGCACACUUUGAACUAUUUGAAGGACCACUGCCAAAAUAGUUUGUUGUCCACAAACUGUGUUGUACCUUUUUAAUGCUUUUUAAAAGUAUCAGUCUGUUCUGCAUUGGUAAACAGAUGUGUUGCAGUAUAUCAGGGUAGCCAAUGUUUCCAAUAUAAACUCACAAAUACUUCAACUACAAUUUAUAAGUCGUUUGUGUUUUAUAUGAUUAAACAUACUGUGAUUUUUUUCUGUGUGUGUGUGUGGGACAGUUUGUAAGCACAUUUAAUUUUUAGAUAUACAUGUAUACAGUUGUAACUAACAAUGUCACAUUUGUUGUUUGAUUUUGAAUACUUCACGUCCUAGUGUUAUAUCUCUCUUUAUCAGAAGUCAGGAACAAACUGCUGUCUAUAUAUUAUCAGUUGGUAUUGAUGGUAUGGUUUGUCGAGCUCUCAGAUUUGCCAUAAAUGUGCAGUCACAUCACGGUUUUAUUGUGAUAAACACAAGAUACAAGACUUUCAGAAUUCAUUAAGAUUUAUAACAUUCCCGUGAUUUAUGGUUAUUAAUUCAUUACUGUUUCAACCAGCAUUAAAGGGACAGUUCACCUGAAAAAUGACAAUGCUGUCAUCAUUUACUCACCCUCAGAUUGUUCCAAACCUGUAUACAUUUCUUUGUUCUGCUGAACACAAAGGAAGAUAUUUUGCAGAAUGUCGGCAGUAAAUGGGCAAUGAUAUUUGUUUGGUUACUGACAAUAUCUUUGUGUUCAUCAGAACAAAGACAUUUGUGCAAGUUUGGAACAACCCGGGGGUGAGUAAAUAAUGACAGACUUUUCUUUUUUGGGUGAACUAUCCCUUUAAGGUUCCUGAAUCUAAUAUGUUGUCAAACAUGAUGUUUAUGAUUUUAUAACAGAUUUUAUUAUUAAAAAUAAAUAAAACACAUACUGAUGGAUUUAAUGCUGUUACACUCUUUAACACUUGAUGGCGCUUUCAUAGACAAGGCUUAAGGCUAGUCCCAGACUAAAAUGAAUGUUAGAGCGGUCUUAACUGAAAAUAACUUGCCCUGACAUAUCUUAAAAUAUGUCAGUGCCAUUGUUUUGUCUCAAGAUGCACACCGUAAUGUAUUUUUCUAAGAGAUUUUUAAAAAGUGCCUAAAUAUCUUAAUUCAACUAAAGCAUAGUCCUGACUUAAGCUAAGCCUUGUCUGUGAAACCGGGCCAAUAGGCUCAGUAAAUCUGUCUAUUUAAAAAAAAUAUCCUGUGUGAUGUAAAGAUCAAAUACAGCAUGGACACAGUUUUUGUCACCUAUGUCUUGUGUAUAAGGUUUGGUGUAUGGGGUAUGCAAAAGUAUAAAUAUGUAUAAAUAUAUUUGGUAUUGACUAACAACUUUUGUGCAUCCCUUGUAGAUCCCCCAAAAAUCACUGGGAA